AUGGACGGUGAGGCUGACUCAGUAAAUGAAGUGUCAGUUGACCAGAUUGACGUGGACACUCAAAGCAACAGUGUUUCACCGACUCUUUUCUUUUGUGAUGCUGAGACGCAAACUGAAAUAACUGGAGAAUUUCCCGAUCGAUUGGAAUUUGAAUAAAAAUCGUCUGGCGAGGAAAAAGACAAAUUAGCGAAAGAAAAAGACGAGUUGACUAGAGAUUCAAAGUGACUUCAGCAUGCACUGAGAAAUCCGAAGUUUGACAUUUCAAAAUUUAAGGAAAAGGAUGAAGAUAUCGAAUUUUACACUGGCCUUCCACACUGGGAUGCACUUAUGCUUCUUUACGAUAUGUUACAUGACAAGGCCCAGAACUUAAAGUAUGGCUACUAUGCGAAGAAAAACACCAGUCUUGAGCAAAAGCUAGGA